CUCCUCUGGGGACAGCGAGGCAGCGUUUCCCGUCCUUCGGUUUCAAAACGGCACAUUCACCUUGCUCUCCCCCAGCCCCAGUCCACACUAAGGGCACUUUUUUCUGUUGUAAACAUGCAUUCAGGUGCUCAAGUCCCUACAAAACGCCGCCAAUUCCUGGCGCGUAAUUAAACUACCGCCCCGAGCCGCCCCGCCCCGCCCCUUGGAGCCCUCCGGCCGCAGCCGAGGCUGGGCGUUCGGAACGCCAGAUUCGACAGGCAAAGGCCUCGGGUAGCGUUCUAGAAGCUGGAAGAGAACCAUUCCCUCCACCUUUCGCUUUUAAAACAGAAAAUAAAAUUCAGUGAGUCCGCAGGACUAUACAAGGGCACAUACUUUUUUCCCCCAUUCUGUUUGAAGUCCGGCUCUUAGACCGGAACUAGCCGAUUCGACACGGCCCUGAGGGCGGGAAGCAGUCCCGCCAAGACUGGAAAGAGUUUGUUCAUUGCCGCCGGAGGAAGACGGUGGACUGACCCAGGAAGCUGGAGUUGAAUAUCCCGGCGUCAUGGACGAGGGCAAUUACGUUUACUGGGAAUCACACACUGCUUUGAUUAUGGGGUGACUCGUCUUAAUGAGCAAACUGAGGUAGCCAUUGAGUGUUUGCAACACCUGCCAAACCAAUUGCCCAGGGACUGUCGGUGGAUUUGAGAAUUAUUUGGACAGUUGUCCAGUGGAAAGAGAACUGAUAGCAGCUUUAUAACGCUUUUUGCAAAGCUCGUUCGAAGACUCCCAUUAAUGCUUAAUUUUCAAAGUAUUACUGAUUUUUAUUUUUAUGAAUCAAGACCUGGAAAAGGCCCAGUGUCUGAAUGAAAUAUUAGCCACAAAAAAAUAGAAAACUUAUCAGAUGCUACCCCUGUGAUAGUUUCUCUUAAUUUUAUUGUAGUAGGUGAUCUCAGGUAUAAGGUUUAUAGUUUGCCAAUAUACUCAUUACCAGACCUUUAGAUUCCCAUCAAGUUAGUCAGUGUUUUAGGUUGUUUUUAUUUUCCCCAGCAAAAUAAUUUCAUUGAAAAAUUUUUGUAACAACAAAUAGACUCUCCGUGUACUUAAGAUUAGUGCUUCUUUAAUGAUAAAAAUUAUUUUGCCAUGUUAGAAGACACUUUUUCGGAAGAAGACAUCUGGGAAUACAAAUCCAAAAGGAAACCAAAACCAGUACAUGCAAAUAAUUGCCCUGAGAAUAUUCCAAAAUCUGUAGAAAAAGCAACAGAUGGCAAAUACCGGUCUAAGCGUAACAGAAAUAAAAGAAAAACUGUGGAAGCUAAAGAGAAGGCAGAGGACCCUGAAGUGUGCCUUGGAGUAACAGGUAGUCAGACUUCUAUCGUUUCUAGUCAGGGUUCGAGUUGUGGAGAUGGUACCCAGCAAUCCCAAGGCAAGACCACACCAGGAAAGCACUGCAGGGCUCACAAAACCAAACAGGUGUCUCCAAAGAUCCGUCCAGUGUACGAUGGAUACUGCCCAAACUGCCAGAUGCCUUUCUCCGCGUUACUAGGUCAAACACCUCGAUGGCAUGUCUUUGAGUGUUUGGAUUCUCCGCCACUCUCCGAAACAGAGUGUCCUGAUGGUCUUCUGUGUACCUCGACGAUUCCUUCUCAUUACAAGAGAUACACUCACCUCCUGCUAGCUCAGAGCAGGGCUGGUCAUAGUCCUCUUAGCAGUCCAUCCCAUGGGGUAGGCGGUAGUUUCAGUGAGACUAACUCAGGCUUUCUUUGUAGCCUUGAGGAAAGUUGGUCUCCGGAUCAAAAACAAACUGAGAACUUCAAACAUGUUUCAAUUGAUCCCUUGUUCGUGACACAGUGUCUAAAAAAAUCUCAGUCUCCAACUGAAACCAAGAAAAAGAUUUCCUCUUCAACAAAUAUCCAAACGUCCCAACGAGCUCCACAAGCUGCACAAUGUGUUAAUGAUGACAAACUGGUAGGAGCUGGUUUGCCUCUUGCCGGAAGACUAGACAGCCAGAACAACUCAGGACACACCAAUUUGCUGUGGCCAGAAAAUGACUUGAGCGACUGUGAAAUCUCCUACUCUCCUCUUCAAAGUGAUGAAGAAACUUAUGAUAUAGAUGAAAAGCUGGAUGAUUCACAGCAGGAGCUGUUUUUUACGGAAUGCUCUAAAGAUGGCAGCCUAGAAGCAGAUGACAACAACUGUACUUUGUUUAAAAAUGUCCACUGUCCCUUACUGAGGAGUCAGCAGGAGAGUGGCUUCGAAAUGAAUAGCUUCUUAACUCAAGAGCGAUACAAUGAAGAAUUGUACACAUACAGCACUCUGAAUGAUCCAUCUCAACUUCUUUUCCCAAGUGAGGGUAUUAUUUUAUGUCAUGAUCCGGCAUAUUCUGAUGAUGGUUUCUUGUUGUUUCCACCUGCAUUGGCAGGGGGACUUGCUUCUUCUAGUUGUCAAGCCACUACCGCAAAACCUGAUGAGCCAAAAGUUCACGCCUCUCCAUCAAAUAAACAGAAACAGGUAAUUGAAGCAUCAGCUGUUUACAAUCACAUUUCUCUUCCACUACUUAAGAGUAAAAUGCCAAAACCUUUUGAAAGCGAGGCCCGAGGAGGGUGUCUUUCUUUCCAUCCAACCCAAAGUAAAAUUAGAGAAUUAUCGAGUAAGAGCCUCAGUACUAAGAAUAAUGCUAACUCAGCAUGUUCCUGCAGAAAGGCAUUAGGUGGUAUGCGAGACAGUCAAGUUACAGUGUUAAAUACAGAGACAUUUUCGAGUACAGCGACUUCUGCUAAGUCUUUGAAAAUGUUGCCAUCUGGUUCUCAGUGCAGUGCAACACAGACUUCUACGAAGGUAAUGAAGCAAAUGGAUAUAGGUGUGUAUUUUGGUCUACCACCUAAAAGAAAAGAAGAGAAAUCGGUGGGGGAAAGUGCAUUAGAAGGCAUGAACUCAAGUCCAGUGGUCAGUCCUAAUAAAAAGAGGCCCAGGCAGUGCAAGAGGAAAGCAGAAAAUUCUUUAAGUGAUUCAGAAUUGGACGCAAAGAAUUUAAGUGAGAAUUGGCAAUCCGUGGAACCUUCUAGUAAGAGGGCACGGCAUCAAAGAAAGAGACUUAAAAAGUCAGACUCGCCACAGGAAGGAAUGCCUCAGUCGAGGUCAGAUUACCUGAUUAAUAAGACCAAAACUGGAGUCAAUUUAAGUAAAGACGAAGUUUUCAUAACGUCACCUUGUGGCAGGCUGCAGAGAGGCAACAGGAAAAGCCCAUACUCAUCUCCUGCAGGAGAAUUAAGAAAAAGGACGUGUCCGUUCUAUAAGAAAAUCCCUGGAACUGGCUUUACAGUUGAUGCCUUUCAGUAUGGAGUGGUGGAAGGUUGCACAGCCUACUUUCUCACCCACUUUCAUUCUGAUCAUUAUGCUGGAUUGUCUAAAAACUUCACAUUCCCAGUUUAUUGUAGUGAGAUAACCGGCAAUUUGUUGAAGAGCAAACUUCAUGUGGAAGAACAGUAUAUCCAUCCAUUACCAAUGGACACCGAAUGUAUGGUGAAUGGCAUUAAAGUUGUUUUGCUUGAUGCCAAUCACUGCCCAGGUGCUGUCAUGAUCCUUUUCUACCUUCCGAAUGGUAACGUCAUAUUACACACCGGAGACUUCCGAGCGGAUCCCACCAUGGAACGUUCUCUUCUUAUGCGCCUGAAAGUCCACACGCUCUACUUAGAUACCACAUACUGCAGCCCAGAAUACUGCUUUCCGUCUCAGCAGGAGGUUAUCCAGUUUGCCAUCAACACUGCCUUUGAGGCUGUAACUCUAAACCCACGUACUCUUGUUGUCUGUGGCACUUAUUCUAUUGGAAAAGAGAAAGUCUUCCUAGCCAUUGCUGAUGUUAUAGGUUCAAAAGUGGGCAUGUCCCGAGAGAAAUAUAAAACCUUACAGUGCCUCAAUAUACCAGAAAUUAAUUCCCUCAUCACUACAGACAUGUGCAAUACACUAGUUCACCUUCUUCCAAUGAUGCAAAUUAAUUUUAAGGGUUUACAGAGUCAUUUGAAGAAGUAUGAUGGCAAAUAUGAACAGAUUUUGGCUUUUCGACCUACAGGAUGGACACAUUCUAAUAAGUUAACAAGUAUAACAGAUGUCGUGCCCCAGACCAAAGGAAACAUUUCAAUAUAUGGAAUUCCUUAUAGUGAACACAGCAGCUACCUAGAAAUGAAACGUUUUGUUCAGUGGCUCAAGCCCCAGAAAAUCAUACCUACCGUGAAUGUUGGCUCCUGGAAAUCUAGGCACACAAUGGAGGAAUAUUUUAAAGAAUGGAAAUUGGAAGCUGGAUAUUGAUGUUACCUCGAAGGACUCCGAAUUAGUUAAGUAACUUAGGUGUAGCUUGUGAGUAGUUAAAUCUUUAGUGAUAUGAAAUACACUUUAUGUGAAAAACCUCGCAAAGAUCACUCAUGUGGCUUAUUUUCUUAUUUACAUUUGAAUAACUUGGUGCUGAGUGCCUCUCAGCAUCCUCAUUGAUCACUGAGGCUGGUCUCCCUGACACCUGGAUCCUUGCCCCUCCCAAGGGGCAGUUAUGCUCUCCAUCCAGCCUUCAAGAGGAAAUAAAGACCAAGUCUGGGACCACAAGGAUUCAUUAUAAUGGAUAAUUAGAUUGAAAACAUUAUAUAUAAGUAAUUAUUUGUCUUUAAAUUUAUUUAAUAUGGGGCAUAUUUUAUGAGAUAAAACUUUUAUAUGAUAUGUAUACUUAAAUAAAAAAUUAAUCUUAAAUUUGC